ACCGGCCCCCCCGGAAAGGAUGAUCGUGGCCUCUCCCCUGCCUGCUCUCUUUCUCUUCCUGGCAUCGGCUGCUUCCUUCCCCAGAGAUCUGGCUCCCUUCCACGUGGUCAGCGAGACAGGAACCCACUUGUACCCCUCCUUCCGUGGCUUGGGGGGAGAGAAUGACUCGGACACUUUGGGCCUGGACUUCCAAAGCAUGUUGCAAAUUAACCACACACUCUUUGUGGCUGCCCGGGACCACGUCUUCGCUUUUGACCUCGGACAGACUGCGAGCAGUUUCUCUCCCAAGAGGGUGAGCUGGAUGUCCUUGCUGGUGCCCGUCCUUUGGAGUGGAGGGUGUAGCGUGAAGCGUGAGGACCGGCAGGUCCUGGGGCUGCAGCUGGACAAGGCAAACCACGCCCUCUACGUGGCCUUCUCCGGCUGCGUGGUCCGGAUGCCCCUCAGCCGCUGUGGGGCCCACAGCACUUGCCGCAGGAGCUGCCUGGCUUCCAGAGACCCCUACUGCGUCUGGCUGCCCUCGGGGACUUGUGCAAACUUCGGCAACGAAAUCAGAAGCGGAUUUGAGCAAGAUCUGGAAAACGCCACCAAGCCCCGGGGCAACUGUCAAGAGGGCGUGACGUCCACGGGGGAACACGACAGCCUCAGUGACUCGGCUUAUGGGGAUGCGCAGACCACGCCGGCGUCCUCCGGGCUCUCCUCCGAGGCGCCCCCGGGGUCUCCCUCCGCUAGCUUGGCUCCCGGCGCCCACCCAGCCCCUGGCGCGGGCGACCCCCGUUUCACCCUCCACGUGGCUGUGAGCACGCAGGGCGUGAGGCAAGAGCCGGAGGCGACGGACGGUGCCAAGUCGGUCCACUUCACCUUCCUCAUCGGCUGCGUCUUCGUGGCCUUCCUCCUGGGUGCCUUCCUCUCCGGCCUGCUGGUCUCCUGCUACUGCAGCCACAGCCUGCAACGCGCCAAGCACCCGGGAAAGGACCCCGAGAACGGCAUCCAGCGCCCACUCUCCCUCCGCAGCCUGGCCAAGAUGAACACCUUGCUGGAAGGCGGCCAGGCCAAGGACGGGAUGAUGGAGACGGCGGCCCCACAGCUCUACACCACCCUGCUCCCCAGCGAGAAGGAGCUGCCCAGUGCCCCGGCCAAGCCCGGCGUCCGAGAACACCCCGAGCUCUCCGCCCUGCCCACGCCAGAAUCCACGCCGGAACUCCCCGUCAAGAACAUGAAGGCCAUCCGGAACCAGUGGGAGAAAAACCAGAACUUCAACAACGCUAAGGACGCCCAGGGGAAGGCGCUGCCCUUCCACGCCCCGGUGCCCAACACGUUCUCCUUCUCUGGCCCGGGAGGGGUCCCCGGGCACCUGCACGGCUACGACGCCCCCUUGGGGGGCUACGUGGACGAGAAGAAGAUCUCCAACUCGGAGCGGGUGCUGGUGCGGCCCUCCCCGCUGCCCAAAGGCAUGGAGGUCACCACCUUGGAAGAGCUGCUCAAACAUCUCCACGGGGCCGGGGCCUCCGUGCCCCCCGCCUUCCCGCCUUCGUCCGUGGCUUUUGCCAACCGGGUGCAGCCGAAGGUGCCCAACCUGGAUGGCGCCCCAUAUUACAACACCUCCACGCUGCCUCGGCGGCUGGACAUUCCUCCGGACGCUCCCUUGCCGUUGGGCCUGGACAAAGCGGGCCGCUCUGUUGCCCACAGACAUUCCCUCUGCGGCGCCCCGAAGCUGGUGAACGUGGGCGGUGGGGGGCUGCUGAUGCGGCAGCACAGCCUGGGCCAGGCGGGGAGGCUGCCCCCGGCCCUCCUGACCCGCAUGCACUCCACGGGCAGCUCCGUGCCCCACGAGGGCCACCACGCCAUCUUCCUGGCCAGGCAACACAGCUACGGCGACCAGGGGCCGCUGCCCAGCCACGCGGGGGGCAUCCGGCGGUCGGUCUCGCUGAUCAAGCCGGGCAUGGCCCCCCAGUCCCUCUUCCAGCCUUCCUCUCCACCCGCCCAGCCCUCCGGCCCCUUCAACUAUUGAGCCCCCUGCGGAAGGAGGGGCGUGACUUGAACCCAGUGCCGGGCCCCUCUGCGAAGGUCCCUUUGGCCACGUCCACCCCAGGGAUUUCAAAUCCGAGUGCCUUGUGAAAGGGAAGGUCCCACGCAGGUGGCACAGGUGGGGCUUGGCAGGAGGGGCACCUGCUUCCCUUCUCUCUCCCUGCCAGAUGCUUCCAGAAGAUUCUUUGGCCUCCGGGCCCCCCCCCA